CCCGCCCCCCCCCCCCGGAGCGCCUCUCCCAAAAUGGCGCCGCUGGACCUGGAUAAGUACGUCGAGAUAGCGAGGCUCUGCAAGUACCUGCCCGAGAACGACCUCAAGCGGUUGUGCGACUAUGUCUGUGACCUGCUCCUAGAAGAAUCGAACGUGCAGCCGGUGUCUACCCCUGUUACCGUCUGCGGUGACAUUCAUGGACAGUUUUAUGAUCUAUGUGAAUUAUUCAGAACUGGAGGUCAGGUUCCUGACACAAACUACAUAUUUAUGGGUGAUUUUGUAGACCGAGGCUAUUACAGUCUAGAGACAUUUACUUAUCUUCUUGCCCUGAAAGCAAAGUGGCCGGAUCGAAUCACGCUCUUACGUGGGAAUCACGAAAGCAGACAGAUAACCCAAGUCUACGGAUUUUAUGAUGAAUGCCAAACAAAAUACGGCAAUGCCAACGCCUGGAGAUACUGCACUAAAGUCUUCGACAUGCUCACGGUAGCAGCGUUGAUAGAUGAACAGAUCCUCUGCGUGCACGGAGGCCUUUCUCCCGACAUCAAAACACUGGACCAGAUCCGAACCAUCGAGCGGAACCAAGAGAUCCCUCACAAAGGGGCUUUCUGUGAUCUCGUCUGGUCCGACCCAGAGGACGUGGACACCUGGGCCAUCAGUCCUCGGGGCGCCGGGUGGCUUUUUGGUGCUAAAGUGACCAAUGAGUUUGUCCACAUCAACAACUUGAAACUGAUCUGCCGGGCCCACCAGCUGGUCCACGAAGGGUAUAAAUUUAUGUUUGACGAGAAGCUGGUGACGGUCUGGUCCGCUCCAAACUACUGCUACCGCUGUGGGAAUAUCGCCUCAAUCAUGGUCUUUAAGGACGUGAACACGAGAGAACCAAAGCUCUUCCGGGCCGUGCCAGAUUCCGAACGCAUCAUCCCUCCGAGAACCACCACGCCGUAUUUCCUCUGAAGUAACCUCCUCCGGCCCUCCCUCCUCUCUUUGUGACGUACAUCCUAUGGAGCACUUUGCUGCUGAAAUGCUUUUUUUUUAUUAUUAUUUUUAAAUUAUCUAAAAAAAAAUUGUAUAUGGUCUGUAGCGUUGCGUUUCUUAAAUCUGCCUUUUCCCGUGCGCCUCCUCCCUUUUCUAGGACUUAAAACGAUUGCUUUUGAAAUGUCCCACAAGCACUUGACACACAGACACACAUUAUUUAGUGCUUUUGAUUUCCUGUUUUUGUUUUAGGGGAAACUUUCCCUUCGAUAUAUAAAAAAAAAAUCAAAUAAAAACAGAGCAAGA